AUGGCCCCCACGCAUUGUUCAUGGCAGGUGCCACUGCCACUGCCUGGGAGAGCUGCUGGGAACUGUGUGGGACAGCACAGGAUAUUCCUGAAAGGCUGCAAUGCCAAGCAUGGCUUCUACGUUUUCAAGUACGUCUACUCAUUCUCAACACGGAGGAACCAGACACAAAUAAAGAAAGAAGAGGCUGACAGCCAGAGUAUCAUCCCCGGCCGCCAGCUGGAUGAGGAUGAUGCCAGGCAGGAACCGACCGAGGGCAGGGUGGCCCCGGAGCACACUGACAAUAGCAGCACUGAAGUAAUUCAGAGUGGGACUGUCCUCAAGCCCAAAAACCACAGCAGCCCAGGGGCUGGCAGGCCUGGCUCUAGUCCUCGCCCCGGCAGUGCCACGCGAGCGCGCGGCGGUAUCGGCAUUGCUGGUCCCACCCCAUCCAGCUCAGAGGGCAGUGGAGAUCUGGAUCUGGUGGUGGAAGUCGAUGAUGGUGUUCCCAUCCUUCCUCAGGAUGAACGUCCCAGUGAGGCUGUGGUGGGCAACAGGUCCAGUUUCAGGAGUGAGGACAAGGAUGAUGGUGCUCCCAGGGUGGUUCCUGUGGAGGGAGCGAUGCCAGCCAGGAGGGAGAAGGGCCCUGCAGCUGGAGGGGCAGGGGAUGAGGGCAGUGGUGAGGCCACUGUCUCUGGCCAAGGGCAGGAGGGUGGCACACGGGGCACAGGGAUGGGAGGUGUCGCUCUAGCCUCCGUCACUGAGAAGAUGGAGGAUGUCCAAGUUGACACGGAAGGUUUGGGUGAAUACACUUACAUCCCUGACUCGGGCAGUGUCACCAUUGCCCAUGGGAACAUGGGCAGCACAACAAGGACCACCAGCUUCACACAGAUCUCUCCAGACAAGGAUGACGAGAUCAACAUCUUCAUUGGGAGGGCCAACAUCCACGUGGGGGAGCAGGAAGCCACCCAGGCCAGUACCACUGUGGACAGAGAGGAUGACAGCAGCUCCCUGCCCAGGCUGGGUGUCACUGGGGGUGAUGAUGACAGUUUCCCUACCCACAGGCAGCCUGAAGGACUGACCACCACAGCCACCCCAGGCCUGGAGGACAGCACCACCAGCAGCCUCAGGGAUGGUCGUCCCACAGGAGAUGAUGAGGAAGGUGCCACCUCCGUUAGUGGUGGAGAAGGACUGGUGACCCCUGGCCCCUGGAGGGUCACUGGUGGUGGCAUUACCAUCCCCACGGUGGCCAGCAUCCCUAGGAAAGAUGAUGAUGAGGUGAGAGGUGAGGGGCAAAGGUUCAGAGGGAAGUCAGACCAGCUGGCUAGCAUGACCCCUCGCCCGUGGGAUGACACAGAGACCACUGCCACUGUCUCAGCUGAGCGGGCCAGCAUCCUCCUGACCACCACCAUGCCCUCGCCGGGGCUGAGCGAGGGGGACUGCACCACCCCCCUGGGGACAACCAGCAGCCACCAGACAGCCACGAGCACUGUGCUGGGGAGAGGAGGGAGUGGGGAUGUGGGGCCUGCCACCCCCAAACCCCGCAGGGAGGGAUGGCCUGGGGCUGGUGUGAAGGUCCACCCAGGGGGAGCAGGGCUGGGCAAGACCCCCAGAACAGAAAAAGUGCCAUCCCCAAGUGGCAAAGCCAGUGGCCAGGCUUCGAGCGAGGACCAUACGAGGGUUGGUGGCCGUGGUGGCGAUGCUGGAGGCAGGUGGAGUGCCACCAAAGCAUCCCCACUGCAGGCUCUGCUCUUGCCUGGGUGA